AUGACGUCAAUUGUUAAUGGAACAUCAACUGUCUACUUAGUGGCAGCUUCACAACAAUUGCUAGACAAUGCAAUUACUUUCUACACCAACACGUUGGGUCUUACUGAGCACUCGAAAACUGAAGACACAACUUUUCUUUCGAAUGAUGGAAACAAGGCCAUCAUUGAAAUCAGAUUAGAUACAAAAGAAGGGUUAUCUGAAUCUGAGAUACAAUCAAGAAGAUCAGAUAUUGAGUCGAAAUUGAAUGUUGUUGAUUGGAGAUCUUUAGAUAAUACAUCAGUUAUUAAGGUUGCCAAUUUAGUCGAUUUGAUUGAAGUAUUGACUAGCUCCAAAUUUGUCUUACAAAUUACUCCCAAUGAAUUAUAUCCUAAUGAAGUUUACAUUGUUGAUCCAUUGGGGUAUAUAAUUGGAUUCACAGCUUGUAACGAUCCUUUAACUGUUGUGCCACCUAUACAAAAGACCAAACCUGUGGUUGCUAGUACUGCUAUGCAAACUAAUGUUCCAUCAAAUUCAACAUCAAUCAAAAAUGAUCUGGAACUUUUGGGUGAUUUCAAGCGCAGAAGAAAUAUUGCUAUAAUGACUUCUGGUGGUGAUGCUCCAGGUAUGAAUGCAUGUGUUCGUGCUGUUGUUAGAGCUGCCAUUUAUCGUGGAUGCAAAGCAUUUGCCAUUAUGGAAGGUUAUGAAGGUUUAGUUAGAGGUGGACCUCGUUAUAUUAAGGAAAUGAAGUGGCAAGAUGUUAGGGGUUACUUGAGUGAAGGCGGUACUAAUAUCGGUACCGCUAGAUGUAUGGAGUUUAAAGAGCGUUGGGGUAGAUUGACUGCUUGUAAACAUAUGGUUGAGGCAGGAAUUGAUGGGUUGAUUGUUUGUGGUGGGGAUGGAUCUUUAACUGGUGCGGAUUUAUUCCGUAGUGAAUGGCCUUCAUUGAUUUCUGAGUUGAAGGAGAAUGGAGAUAUAACUGAAGACCAGUAUGAAAGACAUAAACAUUUAUACAUUUGUGGAUUGGUUGGAUCAAUUGAUAAUGAUAUGGCCACUACUGAUUCAACAAUUGGGGGAUAUUCAGCAUUGGAAAGAAUUUGUCGUGCAAUUGAUUAUAUUGAUGCCACUGCCAAUUCUCAUAGUCGUGCUUUUGUUGUUGAAGUUAUGGGUAGACAUUGUGGUUGGUUGGCAUUGAUGGCGGGUAUUGCCACUAGUGCUGAUUAUAUCUUGAUUCCUGAAAAACCUUCAUCUAGCCGUGAUUGGACUGAUCAAAUGGUUCAAAUUGUUUCUCAACAUAGAAAGGCCGGUAAGAGGAAGACUAUUGUUAUUGUUGCCGAAGGUGCUAUCACAUCCGAUUUGAAACCUAUUAGUUCAAAAGAAGUCAAGGAUGUUCUUGUUGAUAGAUUAGGAUUAGAUACAAGAAUUACGACAUUGGGACAUGUUCAAAGAGGUGGAGGGGCCGUGGCGUUUGAUCGUCUAUUAGCAACUUUACAAGGUGUUGAAGCAGUUAAAGCAGUAUUGGAAUUAGACCCCCAAACACCAUCACCAUUGAUUGCUAUUGAUGAAAACAAAAUUGUUCGUAAACCAUUGGUGGAGGCUGUUAAAAUUACUAAAUCAGUGGCGGCAGCAAUCGAAGAUAAAGAUUUUGAAAAGGCAAUGUCAUUUAGAGAUUCUGAAUUUAAAGAGCAUUUGUAUAAUUUUAUUGCCAUGAAUACUGCUAAUCAUAGGGGACCUUCAUUACCAGUGGAAAAGAGAAAGAAAAUUGCCAUUAUGAAUAUUGGAGCACCUGCUGGUGGUAUGAAUUCGGCUGUUUAUGCCAUGGCCACGUAUUGUAUGUCAAAGGGGCAUACGCCAUAUGCCAUUCAUAAUGGAUUUGCUGGGUUAUCAAGACAUGAAUCUGUUAAAUCAAUUGAAUGGUUGGAUAUUGAAGGAUGGAAUAGCAUUGGUGGGUCAUUAAUAGGAACCAAUAGACAAACACCCAGUGAAACCGAUAUUGGAAUGAUUGCUCAUUACUUUGAAAAAUAUCAAUUUGAUGGGUUGAUUAUUGUUGGUGGAUUUGAAGCAUUUAUUUCAUUAAAUCAACUAGAACAAGCAAGGUCAAUGUACCCAGCAUUUAGAAUGCCUAUGGUUUUGAUCCCAGCUACUAUAUCAAAUAAUGUCCCUGGUACUGAGUACUCUUUAGGAUCAGACACUUGUCUUAAUGCAAUUAUGGAAUAUUGUGAUAUUAUCAAACAAUCAGCAUCAGCAACUAGAGGAAGAGCAUUUGUAAUUGAAGUCCAAGGAGGUAAUUCAGGAUACAUUGCCACAUUUGCUUCAUUAGUCAGUGGUGCACAAGCAUCCUAUGUUCCUGAAGAAGGUAUACAAUUGGAACAAUUAGAAAUGGAUAUCAAUUCACUUCGAGAAUCAUUUGCUGUUGAACAAAAUAUGACAAAAGCAGGUAAAUUAAUCAUCAAGUCAUCAAAUGCAUCAAAGACCCUAACACCACAAGUAUUGGCCGAUAUAAUACGAGCUGAAAGCAAUGGAGAAUUCGAUACAAAGACGGCAAUCCCUGGACAUGUCCAACAAGGAGGAAUUCCAUCGCCCAUUGACCGUACUAGAGCCGAUAGAUUUGCCAUUAAAGCAGUCCAAUUCAUUGAAGACCAUGUUGAACGUAUGCAACAAACGAGAUAUGAAUUGGAUUUCCCAUUGGAUGAUGGAGAGUUACAAGCUACUGCUGCUGUGUUGGGUGUUAAAGGCUCUCAUUUGAAAUUUACUUCAAUUAGAAGAUUGUUUGAUUUUGAAACUGAGUUGGGUAGAAGGAUGCCCAAAAAAGUGUUUUGGACAAAGACGAGGGGGAUUGCUGAUGAUUUGGUUGGUAGAACCAGGUACCAUAAAGCAGAAUAG